GAGGAGUCCGGGCUGCGGAGGCGGCCGCGUCACAGCAGUGCUCCCGCUGCCCGGCGCCUCAAACCCGGCCCGAGCGCCGCCGAGGACGCGGACGGGGACCCGCACGGGCACAGGGGCUGCGCCGGAGCUUCCUCUCGCGGGCGGGGGCUGCGCGACCAUGGCGGACAAGGAGGCCGGCGGCGGCGACGCGGGGCCCCGAGAAACAGCCCCCACGUCUGCAUAUUCAUCUCCAGCCCGGAGUCUGGGGGACACAGGAAUCACGCCGCUAUCCCCUUCCCAUAUCGUGAAUGAUGCUGACCCGAACGUCUCGGAGCAGCAGAUGUUUCUGGUGGUGGUGGCCAUUGACUUUGGAACCACGUCCAGUGGCUAUGCCUACAGCUUCACCAAGGAGCCAGAAUGUAUCCACGUGAUGAGGCGAUGGGAAGGGGGUGACCCUGGGGUGUCCAACCAGAAGACACCGACCACCAUCUUGUUGACUCCGGAGAGGAAGUUCCACAGCUUUGGGUAUGCUGCCAGGGACUUCUACCAUGACCUGGAUCCCAGUGAGGCCAAGCAGUGGCUGUACCUGGAGAAGUUCAAGAUGAAGCUGCAUACCACGGGGGACCUCACCAUGGAUACAGACCUAACGGCAGCAAACGGCAAGAAAAUCAAAGCCCUUGAAAUCUUCGCGUAUGCCCUGCAAUACUUCAAAGAGCAGGCGCUGAAGGAGCUGAGUGACCAGGCGGGGUCGGAGUUUGAGAACUCUGAUGUCAGAUGGGUCAUCACAGUGCCUGCCAUUUGGAAACAGCCCGCCAAGCAGUUCAUGAGACAAGCUGCCUAUCAGGCAGGCCUGGCCUCCCCCGAGACUGCCGAGCAGCUCAUCAUCGCCUUGGAGCCCGAGGCAGCCUCCAUCUACUGCCGGAAGCUGCGGCUGCACCAGAUGAUCGAGCUAAGCAGCAAGGCCGCGGUCAACGGGUACAGCUCCGGUGACACAGUGGGAGCUGGGUUUGCACAGGCUAAGGAGCACAUACGGCGUAAUCGGCAGAGUCGGACCUUUUUGGUGGAGAAUGUCAUAGGAGAAAUCUGGUCCGAGCUGGAGGAAGGUGACAAGUAUGUGGUCGUGGACAGUGGCGGGGGCACCGUAGACCUGACUGUCCAUCAGAUACGGUUACCGGAGGGACAUCUGAAAGAACUGUAUAAAGCAACAGGUGGACCCUAUGGAUCCUUAGGAGUAGAUUAUGAAUUUGAAAAACUUCUGUGUAAAAUAUUCGGAGAGGAUUUUAUCGAACAAUUCAAAAUCAAGCGUCCCGCGGCCUGGGUUGACUUAAUGAUUGCAUUUGAGUCUCGUAAAAGGGCAGCAGCCCCGGACCGAACAAACCCACUGAACAUCACCCUGCCCUUCUCCUUCAUUGACUACUACAAGAAGUUCCGCGGGCACAGCGUGGAGCAUGCCUUGAGGAAGAGCAACGUGGAUUUUGUGAAGUGGUCCUCACAAGGGAUGCUGAGGAUGAGUCCAGAUGCCAUGAAUGCUCUUUUUAAGCCAACCAUUGACAGCAUCAUUGAACAUCUCCGGGACCUGUUUCAGAAGCCCGAGGUGUCCACUGUCAAGUUCCUCUUCCUGGUGGGAGGCUUUGCAGAGGCGCCCCUCCUGCAGCAAGCGGUACAGGCUGCCUUCGGCGACACGUGCCGCAUCAUCAUCCCCCAGGACGUGGGCCUCACCAUCCUCAAGGGCGCCGUCCUCUUCGGCCUGGACCCCGCGGUCAUCAAGGUGCGCCGGUCGCCGCUCACAUACGGGGUGGGCGUGCUGAACCGCUACGUGGAGGGCAAGCACCCACCCGAGAAGCUGCUGGUGAAGGACGGAACUCGCUGGUGCACCGACGUCUUCGAUAAGUUCAUCUCCGCCGACCAGUCGGUGGCCCUGGGGGAGCUGGUCAAGCGUAGCUACACCCCGGCCAAGCCUUCCCAGCUGGUCAUCGUCAUCAACAUCUACAGCUGUGAGCAUGACGAGGUGAGCUUCAUCACCGACCCGGGGGUGAAGAAGUGCGGCACGCUCCGCCUGGAUCUUACAGGGACCAGCAGCACAGCCGUGCCCGCCCGGAGGGAGAUCCAGACCCUCAUGCAGUUCGGGGACACAGAGAUCAAGGCCACGGCUGUCGACAUAGCCACCUCGAAGAGCGUCAAGGUUGGGAUUGACUUCUUAAAUUACUAACAGGCCCGCCCCGCUGCCUGCGACCCCCGCCCCACCCCUGGACUCUGUUCCCCUGCAUCUGCUGACCUCAACCCUGACUGUUCUUUCUCUGUCCUUGACCCUCAGCAUUGCCCACCUGAAUUUCAGCAGGGAAGAUGGGAACGACUAGGGCUAGAAAUAAUUAGGGAUUUUUGAGGGCACACUGGAAUCAGAAAAAAACUGUCGGAAAUGGAGAUUGAGGUUUGGGAAUAAGAAAUCUGAGGAUCCUGGAAGAGCAGCUAGUUUUCAUAGGUGCCCAGUGGUGAGACAGCCACCCGACAAGGGAGUCAGUCCGUUCCUGCAGCGGCGAUUCAGCUUGCUUUGAACGGAUCUCUGUUAGGAUGCCCUAAUCUAUUUGAGACUUCUCUUUUUAUGUUUUUUUGGAUGGCAGUCAAUAUAAAAUGCUGUCCAUCUGCAGUUAAUUUCUUUUCAUCAUCAUGUGAUUAAAAGCGGUGAUUCAGUGGGAGCUGGGAGCAUGUGCAGCUGGUGGGAGAGGCCUGCCCACGCUGGGCACUAUUUUAGGUUCUCAUAAUUUCAAUUCUGAUUAGGUUCAGUGAGGAGUAACUAUCGCCUGAGCUAAUCUACUAGGAUUCGAGUGAGUGGGAGAGCUGAUGCCCUCACUUUUAAGCAGGUGAAAGCUGGCUUCGAGCGAAGUGGGUAUUUAGGCGCUGCUGACUUAUCCCAAAUCAUAUGCUGGGACAUCAUUCCCCGGGUGCUGGAUCCUGAUUUCUGAAUUCAUAAAAUAACUCAAGUUAAACCUUAGUAGGCUUCUGUGUGAGGAAAUGGGCUUGCAGUUUGCCUUGUUCACAUCACCAAGCCCGGGAGUCUGGAACAGCCCCUCACCUCGACAAGCGUCCAUUGUUAUAAAUUAACUCCCUCCUCCCCCUCGUCUCCCAAAGGGUUUUGGCCCCGCAUUCCCACAUUUCAAGAAGAAUACACUGGUGAUACAUGGGUAGAGAAUCUGUACUAUGAAAUGUUUCACUAAAAUCUUCAGUUUUUUAGGCGUAGCUAAAAGGAAUUCAUAGAUUUGUACUUAAUGAAUUCAGCCAGAUCGGUUCAAAGCUGAUCUGUGGAUCCCCUGGUGAGAACUGCCUGGGUGCCUCUUAAAAGCAGGUUUCUGGAUCCUCUUCCUUUUACAAAUUGAAUUUGGGUCUUGGUGGGGGAGGAGGGGACCGGCAUUUGCGUUUUCAGUAGACACCACAGGGGACUGCGGGUCCAUGGGAAUCUGAGAACUCCUAACUUUAGGUUUUGUUGGAAGCUGAAGCACACACCAGCGCCUGUAGUCUCCCCCUUGGGCAGAGGGAUUUUCAAGCGAAGAACUGGGGUCCCACACCCUGCCCUUUGUGAAGGGGGCUGGGGCUCCACCUGGCUUGGGGGUGGCGCUUUUAGCCCUCACAGGAAUGGCCUGCCAAGGAGGAAGGUCAGAAGAAAGGGACCCUAAGAACAGAGGAGGAACCAACUGGUGUCUCUGCUGGAACUCAUGCCUACCUGAAAUCCCUGGAGGCAUGCAUAACAAACGAAGGGAGGAUGAGCUAAGGGACUCACUUCGAAGGCAAGCUGGAUUCACAAACCCAUUACCGUAGCCAAUAUGCAGAUUCGAAAUAGCAUUUCCAGUUUCAUUUGAACAUGUCUUUCCAUACCGCCUACUGCAGAAUUCCCUGCUAGAAUGUGAAACACGAACAAACCGCUGACCAAGAGAACGCUAGUCACACGACUUAACUUUGUAGCCGGAUUGCGCGUCCAGGCACAGAGGUGUGUUUGCUAGGGUUCUCUUGCUGCCUGCUCUGCUUCAAAAGCUAAAUGUUCUGGGUCUUUCUUUGGUGUUGCCAGCCAUACUCUGCAAAUAAGACUUCUCAAUUUAGUUAUAAGUAAUAUAAUUUUAUGUACAUACGAUAUUAGAAUAUUGUACAGAAUCUUUAUUUCUACAAUGUGCUUUGUUAAAAAAAAAACAAAAGGAAAAUGCUCUUUGAAUUUUGUUGAUGACAUUGCUGCCUUUAAUUUCCCAUGGCUUCGUUUUUUAAUUGCGCUUACUUAUCGAUUUGUACCCGAUACUAAGCUUAUGGACCGUGUAUGCGAGACUGAGCAAGAGUCAGAGGUGCAGAGGCUCUGAAUACUCUGGAAAAAAAAAAAAAGGGACAACAGCCGGAUCAACAGCUUUGUCAGACCUUGCUUCACUCACAUCCUUGCCAGAGGCUCACAGUUUAUAUUGAAAGGAGCAUAAUCAUGUAUCGAUUCUCCUGCCCAGUCUUUGAGAGCUGAACAUUCUGGUUCUGUACGCCACGUGACUGUGCAGGAUGACCUACGAAAACCCUCUGCGUCCCUGCAGGGUUGUCAGCUUCUUGUGGGGCAGAGCUGGGUCACUCUGACAGCCAGACGUGGUCCCCAUGUGCCGUGUUGUCUGCACAACAGGGUUCCAGGAAGGAAUCAAGUAGGGGCACAAAUCCAGCUGUUCCACUUGAUUAAGUCUAAGUGCGAGUAAUUUAGUGAAGUCUAUUUUUUUUUUUUUUUUUUUUUGGCUUAUGUAAGACCUUUCCCACCUUGCACUGAGGCUGUCUCCUUGUCUGAUUUCUCUUUAGCGAGUUGGUUGAACUCUGUGCUGUUGGCAAGCAGGUGAUGGAGAGGGGUGAUAACUUUACCGGACUUUCUUCUGGCCCCAGAAAUGCAGCCCCAGUAGUCGAGCUUCUUAAAGGGAAGCCCCCAAUCCAUCCCUCCUCUCCCUCCUGCCCCCGGAAAUACUCUAGAAUGAGAACACUGGAUAAAUACACGUGGACACAUUUUCUAAUCUUAGAAAGUUUCUAAAAGGCCUGUUGUCUUGACCAUUACUCAGCUGUCCCUGGAGUAUUAUCUGAUGUUCAUGUUUUGGAAGCAGACCUGUCAAAGGAUCGGCCUUCUAACUGCCCUCUCUGUACACAGCAGACAUUAGUAAGUGCUGAAUGACAGACAAGUCACGGACAGACAGGAGAGAAGGAACGCGUACAGGCACUCACGCAGAGUGGAAGAUUGAGUAAGUCCAGGUUGCAGAGCCUGCCCGCCCCCUCGGAUGUUAUUUAGAUCAAGUUUAGCUUUUAGAGUCUAGGUCUGGUUAAUUGCCAGGGUGGCAAAGAAUCGCAUGCGCCAAUAUAAACAGGAGUCCAAAUGCAUUAUUAGUCGAAGAUCAAAUUUCACAUUGUAGAGUUGAAGUAGCUGUGAGUAAGCUGCGUAUUUAUGCUGGGAAAUGACUAAGUGGAUGACUCGUGUAAAAGGUGUUGUCCAUUACGUCACACUUCUCAUCUGCUUGGAACAUGGAACUUUAUUCUAAAAUAUCAGCCAUUGGGGUCUUGUUCACUACAAGAUAAAGUCACACUCCACAGAACUUCACAGCUGUUCACAACUUGACGGGAUUGUACCUGCAAACUCUGUCUUCACAGACGUCUAAUAAAGCAAAAACUGGAUCUCGUGUGGCCCAAACUUUUUUUUUUGCACUAUGAUUUUGUGAAUGGAAUUAUAGAUGCAUCAUUGCUGACUUCCCCCUCUGCCCCAUCUCACUCAGAUGGAGAUUGAGUUUCAGGUCUUUUCUCAAAUGUUGCAAGCUUUUUUAAAGUCACUUUCAUUCCAACAAGACUGGCUCCUUUGUUUGCUGGGACCCACGGCU